AUGUCUUCCUCCCCCAAACCCGAGAUUUCAGUGACCUCCGUUGGUGGCAAUAGCGAUCUAAUUGGCCCCAUUCAUCGCCCUUCUGGUGAAAUCCACGUUAUCGUUGGCCCGAUGUUUGCUGGAAAAACCACGGCCCUUCUUCGCCGAAUCAAUUCUGGAGCCAACACGGGCAGGUAUUCAUUGGAUGCGAUUGGUAUCGAUGAAGCUCAAUUUUUUGAAGACCUUUACAAUUUCUGUUAUAAGGCUGUUGACCAGGAUGGGAAAACUGUAAUAGUGGCUGGGCUAGAUGGUGACUACUUGAGAAGGAGCUUUGGUUCAGUGCUUGACAUUAUUCCCCUUGCCAACACCAUAACAAAGUUGACUGCACAGUGUGAACUAUGUGGCAAACGUGCCUUUUUCACCUUGAGGAAGACCGAUGAGACAUAGACAGAGCUUAUAGGUGGUUCUGAUUCAUACAUGCUUGUUUGUUGCCAGCAUUAUGUGCAUGGACAAGUUGUUGAAGAAGUUGCAAGAAGUUUCUCGGAAUCUCAUAAAGUUCAGAUUGGUCUGAUUCUAGAUGCAGCUGCAAUUAUUUAGUACCAUAGCUGGCUUGUUCACAGUCUAAUAUAUUUUCAUGGGUUUUUUACUUAAUUAUCAGCUUUCUGUAUAAAAUGCACGGUUGUGUAGCUCUUCUCAUACUCUAAAUAUCAUGAUGACCAGUUACAGUUACUCUUCAUUAGCCGUAUGUACCUCAUCGUAUGUACUUCAUUGUUCUUGAAUGCAUGUAUUGUACCCAUUUAAGUGGAUUUUUGUCUCAUGAACC